CCCCCCCCCCCCCCCCCCCCCCCCCCCCCCCCCCCCCCCCCCCCCCCCCCCCCCCCCCCCCCCCCCCCCCCCCCCCCCCCCCCCCCCGGCCGCCGCCCAAAGGGUUAACUCAAAUAAACACUAGGAGUACCACUUUACUCUUUUUUACCAAGUGAUUAGUAAUAAAAAAUUGAUUACCUUAUUACUUAUUACUUCUUUCAAUUUUUCAACUUUUUUCAUCUAUGUGUGAGUUUUUCAGAAGAUUCUGAUGUAACUCAUUAAUUCUGUGUGAGAGUGUGUAUAAUUUGUCUUCUGAUAUAAAAUAAAGAAAAACACAAACAUAACAUUUUCCGUAAGUGAAAACGCUUCAGUGCAGCCAGUUUACGGUUUCAAGAUCUAGAAAUCUGUGGCAAUCUUCGGGCAUUUUUGUAUGCUUCACAUGGUGCAUGUAUAAUAAAAGUAGCUUAAUUUUUGAAUGUAUACUCGAUAUUUUCAAUGUGAGCAUGAACGCUUUCUUACGAUAUUUAAAAUGUUUAAUAUCUCAAGAAAAUUAACAAUUAGGAAUUAUAUUUUAUUGCAUAUAUAUGAAUUUGUCGACGAAUCGGGACUGAAUUCUUCAGACAUUUAGUUAUUUUAAUCAAGAUUUGUGUACGGUUAGGUAGUUUCAAUAUUUUACAGUAGUUAUCUUUUGUUUGUAUUAUCUUUUACUCUUGUUGUAAUUUCCUAAUUUAUUUACGUGAAUUAGUCAAGAAUAGACAUUUCAAUGCGACUAUGAUAGAGCGAGAUUAAUAAGCAUUUAUUUCUGAUCAGGAACAAAAAUUAAUGCAUUAGGUUUAUAGAAGGAUGCAUUUUUAAAACAAUGCGAGAUGGAUAAAAACGUUCAGUUUUCUGAAUCUUUUUACAACAGAAAAAAGAUCUUUUAGUAAGCGAUAAUAGUAGACCUCAUCAUUUGUUUUGGAACGACGUAUUCAUUACAAUUAUUGUGAUUCUGAACAUAUAUUUAUGGAUGGCACAUUCAAAUCUUGUCCAUCAGCAUUUGCACAGAUAUAUUCCAAAUCACGCAUUGCCGCCGGUUUUGAAAGGUACAAUUCCUUCACUUUAUACACUGUUACUAGAUAAAAAUGAAAGCACGUACGUGUCCUUAUUCAACGAGGUUAGAAAUGUAACAGUUAGAAAUAAUCUUUUAUUGAAGCCAAAAUUCAUCACAUUAGACUUCAAUUGUAGAAGAAUGUAAUGUUGACUUUAAUCGAUGUUUAUUCAAAAACACUGCAGGAACCAGGUUUUCAGAUAUAGUAUUAUGAGGCUCAGGAUGAUGAUCUAACAACCGUAAAAUCUUUGUUUCAGUGUGUUGCUGCCGUAGCGUUUAUGCCUUUAGAUGGAAUCGACGAAUUAUGGUGCAACGUAAUCAAUGAUUACUUGGAUUUGGCCACGAUUAAACUAGUGCAUCGACAACAAACGACAGCGCCAUGA